ACAUAAAAACGUCAAAAUCAGCAGCGCAACAGCUGUUUAAUCUAACGUCUGACAGCUAUUACAUUAUUUACCCUCUUUAUACAAUUUUUUACAGUUAAUAUAAUCGACUCGAAAGCGCCGUUAUCGAAUACAAUCAUGUUGUCACCGUAACAACCCCUAGAAUGCCUUCCGGUGAACCACAACCCGAUUUAUAUUCAUCAUGGGUUGGUUUGGUAUAUGUGUUCAAUUUAAUCGUUGGAACGGGCGCCUUAACACUGCCAGCGUCUUUUUCAAAAGCUGGUUGGUUGUUGAGCGUAAUACUUCUUAUUAUCUUAGCGUUGGUUAGUUUUGUAACGGUUACCUUUAUAAUAGAAAGCAUUGCUUGUGCCAAUGCCACUAUACAGUGGAGAAAAAUUCAACAUCACAAAAUUGAUGGGGAGAGUGAAGCUAUAGUCGAUUCUGGAUCGGAAUCGGAAGAUACAAACGAACAAACUGCAAUAGUUCAAACUUCAAGACUACGCAGCCGUUAUUAUUCUCUGAACGAAAAGGUGGAAUUGGGAGAAAUAGCUGCGUUAUAUUUUAAUAAAUGGGGUCGAAUCAGUUUUUACCUUUCCCUUUGCGUUUACCUUUACGGCGAUCUCGCGAUAUACGCGGCUGCCGUCGCAAAAUCCCUUUCUGAUAUAGCGUGUACUUCCAAUGCGACGUCCGAAGAUUUCGGAACUCCGUGUUGGGAGGACGCGCCAAUCGAAAAGGCGGAUAUUUAUCGGAUUUUCGUCGUCUUUUUUGCUAUACUAGUCGGUCCUUUUACCUAUUUUAACGUACAAAAAACGAAGUAUUUACAAUUGUGCACCACUACGAUGAGAUGGUGUGCUUUUAUGAUAAUGGUUACCUUGGCGUGUGUUCGAUUGGCGAAGAAUGGGGCGAUGGGACAUCCGUUAAUGUUCGAUUUCGACGGUGUGCCUGCACUGAUAGGCGCUAGCGUUUAUAGUUUUAUGUGUCACCAUUCGUUACCGGGUUUAGUGGCUCCGUUUUCGGAGAAACAAUAUGUAGUAAGACAAAUUGGUCUUGAUUACGUUUUAAUUUGUAUGUUUUACCUGCUUUUAGCUUUAACGGGUACGUUUGCUUUUAAGGAAUUAAAUGAUUUAUAUACGUUAAACUUUUUACCAAAUAACGGCGAUUAUAGCGGAAUUUUUAUGAAAAUUAUAUUAUAUUUUUUAAGUUUAUUCCCAGUUUUUACGCUCUCUACCAGUUUUCCUAUAAUCGCUAUAACCCUACAAAAUAAUUUAAAAGCUUUAUUUUUAGACGUAAAUAACAUGGAUAGGUACAACUUUGUUUUAAGAAAAUUAACUUUUCCAACCAUCGCCGUUCUACCUCCGAUUGCCAUUGCGUUUAGUACGCACAAUUUGCAUUCUUUGGUUAAAUUUACCGGGGCGUACGCUGGCGCUUGUAUUCAGUACAUAAUACCUGCCGCGUUGGUUUAUUUGGCACGCGAAAGUUGUAAACAGGAGUUUGGGAGCGGUUCGAACAAUAAAUAUCGUAGCGCGUUUAGUGGAAAAUUUUGGAUUUAUCUCGUAGUUUGUUGGGCUGUAGGUUGCGUCAUUAUGGUUACCGUCAAUUUUGCUUUGUAAUUGUGAUAAUAAUAACACGAGUACGAUCUCUCUUUCUCUAACUCUCGGCUAAGUUUUAACAAAGAAAAACGUUUUAGUAAAUGUAGAAGUAUUAUAACUCGUAAAUUUGUAUUCCUAAGACCCUAAAACCGUACUGAUAUAUUUUUAUACCAAUUAAUAAAUUAGUAUAUUUUUUAUGUGGACUAAUAAUAAAAACUUUAUAUACA